AGCACAUUUGUUGUAGCGCUCCGCCGUUGUUGACUUGUUUCGUCGUAGGCUCCGAUUGGACCGAUCUGAUCAGACUUUGAAUCGAUCGCAUUGAUUUCGAAACGCAGACUCUUAAUCGGGAACUAACCAAAUGCAUAAGAUCAGAUCGAAAACUCGCUGACAGUAUAAUUAAAUACUGUAUAAACCUGCAAAAACGUGCGCUCUUACGUCGGUCGCGUGAGUGUGUGUGUGGUGAGCUCUUCUCUCUCCCCCACCCCCUUCGCCCACGUCUCGCUCAGCGCGCAAAAGUAAAUUUUAGUGCAAAUAAAUUGCUUAGCUUAUCUCGAAGCGCGCGCUCCCAUGAUGAACGCAUCUGUGUGCGUGAGUGUGUUUGUGGGGAGUAAGUGUGCGAGUGUUGUUAAUUAAUUUACAAAAGUCGCUCCUGUUUGGCAAACAGCAGAAAACAACAACAGCAACAGAAGAGUCCGAGAGAAGUGCGAAAACGAAAGAAAAACAACAACGGACCUGCUAACGGCAGUUGCAUGUGGGGCACUUCGCCCACCCAACCCCCCAUCCCAUUCCUCGCAGGCGGAAAACGAAAGUUCUUUUACAUGUAACUCAGCAAGACUCUCAGAAAGGAGAAGGAGAGAGCGCAGAGGCCCACGCAGAGCGUGAGCGAAAGAGAAGCGAGAGCGCCAAUGCAGGAGAGCGCCAUUUGGCCUUGAACUUGCGGACGUUAUACAACAAAACUCAGGUGGAAGCAGCAGUGUCAACGUCAAUGUCAAUUCCCAUUAACUACAUACAAUAAACCAAUGUACAAAUGCGUAAUAUAAGUGAUCCACGCGAGUUUUCUAUGACUAUUUUCGAGCAUUCACGGGAUGCUCAUUGAACAGUGGCCAUAGAUCAUCUUUUCGGAGGGAAUCACUGCAGGGACAGUUGGCUUCCUUAUAAACUCAAUCUUUUGUACCUGUUGUGUCGGCAAACUGCUGAAGGCGAGCUUCCACAAGAAGUUACCUAAGGACAAUUUAUACGGAAACACAAUUAUAUAAAACAAUAUACACACCUAUAUACAAGUAGAAUUUGCCGUUUUAACAAGCCGUCCACUUUUAAAGCAAACAGAAGGGAUUAUAUAUUGACAACCUAUAUAAAUAUGCCCCACGUCUGCCACGUCAGGAAGAGCCACAGCAAUCCGCAGGGCAGCAACUAACGGAUAUUUCCCGCCAGCUGCCGGAAAUCCAGUAGCAAAUCCAGCCAACCAGCGACCAAGCCAGCAGGAAUAGGAAUCAGCCAGACGAGCACAAGGACACCGCCAUCCCCGUUUCCAUCGCAGGAGGAUAGGAAAUCUGUUGCCAUGGGCCGCAAAAAAAUUCAAAUAUCACGCAUCACCGAUGAACGCAAUCGGCAGGUGACCUUCAACAAGCGCAAGUUCGGCGUGAUGAAGAAGGCCUACGAGCUGUCCGUGCUCUGCGACUGCGAGAUCGCCCUGAUCAUCUUCUCGUCGAGCAACAAGCUGUACCAGUACGCCAGCACCGACAUGGAUCGCGUCCUGCUCAAGUACACCGAGUACAACGAGCCCCACGAGUCCCUCACCAACAAGAACAUCAUCGAGAAGGAGAACAAGAACGGCGUGAUGUCGCCGGACUCGCCCGAAGCCGAAACGGACUACACACUCACUCCGCGAACGGAGGCCAAGUACAACAAGAUCGACGAGGAGUUCCAGAACAUGAUGCAGCGCAACCAGAUGGCCAUCGGCGGAGCGGGCGCCCCUCGCCAGCUUCCAAACAGCAGCUACACGCUGCCCGUUUCCGUUCCGGUGCCGGGAUCCUACGGCGACAACCUACUGCAGGCCAGUCCACAGAUGUCCCACACCAACAUCAGCCCCCGUCCAUCGAGUUCGGAGACGGAUUCAGGUGGGAUGUCCCUGAUAAUCUAUCCAUCGGGUUCCAUGCUGGAGAUGUCGAACGGCUAUCCGCAUUCACACUCGCCGCUUGUGGGAUCACCGAGUCCGGGUCCCAGUCCCGGCAUAGCCCACCACUUGUCCAUUAAGCAGCAGUCGCCGGGCAGCCAGAACGGACGAGCUUCCAAUCUGAGGGUUGUCAUACCGCCCACCAUUGCCCCCAUACCGCCCAAUAUGUCAGCGCCGGAUGACGGGGGAUAUGCAGAUCAACGACAGAGUCAGGCAUCGCUAAACACGCCAGUGGUCACGCUGCAGACGCCGAUUCCCGCCCUCACGAGCUAUUCCUUCGGGGCGCAGGACUUCUCCUCCUCGGGCGUAAUGAACAGCGCGGAUAUCAUGAGCCUCAACACCUGGCAUCAGGGCCUGGUGCCGCACUCUAGUCUCUCGCACCUGGCAGUCUCGAAUAGCACGCCGCCGCCCGCCACCUCCCCCGUCUCCAUAAAGGUCAAGGCUGAGCCGCAGUCGCCGCCGAGAGAUCUUUCCGCCAGCGGCCAUCAGCAGAACAGCAAUGGUUCCACGGGCAGCGGCGGAUCCAGCAGCAGCACCAGCAGCAAUGCAAGCGGAGGCGGAGGAGCAGGCGGCGGUGGAGCCGUCAGCGCAGCCAAUGUCAUUACGCACUUGAACAACGUCAGUGUCCUGGCGGGAGGUCCUUCGGGGCAGGGAGGAGGAGGCGGGGCCGGCGGCAGCAACGGGAAUGUCGAGCAGGCCACCAAUCUUAGCGUCCUGAGCCACGCGCAGCAGCACCACCUGGUCAUGCCCAACUCGCGGCCCUCAUCCACGGGCCACAUCACACCCACUCCAGGGCAUGAUAAGUAUGAAGGAUAUCCGUACCGCGCGCUAAUGGGACAUAAUCCUAGAUGGAAUUUUGCCGGUGCGCCGAGCAGCGACCAGGAUGUGCGUCUGGCAGCCGUCGCCGUGCAGCAGCAACAACAGCAGCAGCAUCAGCAGCAACAACUAGGCGACUACGAUGCCCCCAACCACAAACGGCCGAGAAUAUCGGGCGGAUGGGGCACAUAGCCGGCACGAGCUGCUGGUAGCAGCCACUACAAGCCACAUCACAAUAACCACACCGGCUGCAGCAGCAUCACCGGCAGCAACACCAGCUGCAGCACCAAUAACACCAUCAGCAGCAGCGGCACUAGCAGCAGCAACAGCAGCAGCAGCAACAACAAGAAGCCGGUGGAGUGCGACGACCUGGUCAUGAUGCCACCACCGCCCCGUAAGGACAUAGGUCGCAACUCCUACAGCCUCCUGCAGUCCGGCUACGACUGCUAUGGCCAGCAACUGGCGGUGGCCUACGGAGCGCAGCAGCACCCGUAGCCCUCACGUCCUCCGUUUCCGGACCAGUGCAAUAGUUGAGAGAGGAAACUGGAGGCAGUUUUGUUUUGUUUUCGGAUUAAGCGAACAGUGACAGUGUCAUAUCUAUAGUUAUUGUAACUUAAAUGAAUUACGAUUACACACCUACGGUAAUAGUUAUAAUUUUAAAUUAUAAACGCAGAGCUGGCGGAGCUGCCGCCGCGUCCUGCCGAGAAAUUUGAGCAGGUUAGAGUGUUGAGCUGAUUUAGUUUAGUUACAAUUACAAAUACAGUUACGUGUAUGGUUAAAGUUAAUGUUAAAUCUAAUCUUAGAAAAAAAUGAUGCAGACAAACAGAAAAGCAAAAAACAAAACGGAAGCGAUUGAUGGAAGAGCUCUUUAUGCUGUACAUAUUUGAUUUUAGUGUCAUAAGUUUUAAACUUAGUUCGUAGGGAACUACGAGAUACGUAAACCAUGCAAGUCAUACGAUGAAAGGAUUGAGAAACUCUAAGCAAAACACAGACCCUCACGCAGAUGUACUCAGUGUUCUAUCAUAAUUUGUAAUUUUGUGCAAUUUACCGUCAAUUUUUAGUUCUGUUCUAUGCACACGCUCUUUUGAGGGUUGGUUCAUCAUCGAGCCAAAUACGUUUUUAGAUGGUUGGUUUAAUUGAUUUAAGCCAAAAUCACAGCCUUGUGCAUGUGCGCAUACACACCAUAUGAUUUAAUGAUUUAAUUUAGUUCCGAUUUAAGCGAUUAUUUAAUAGACACUUUUCUCUUCAUCUCUUAAGCGAAACGAAGUCAUAAUUUGUAAUUUAAAUUUAAAGUGGAUUUCUAUUCAAUUUGAAGUGUUUCAAAUUCUUGUGCCUAAGUUUUGUAUUUUUUACAUUUAAUUGCAGUUUGUAUAACAACAACAAUCGCAACAGCAACAACAACUCAACAAAAUAUAAUUUAAAUAAAAUUAUUCAAGAAAUUUUUCGUUCUCGUUGCCAGUUUAUUUGAUUACUCCAUAUCUUUAUUUGCUCUCUGUACAAUUCGCCCGGCCAUAUUUAAACAGGCCAUAUAUGUACGUACAUAAAACAGUGGGCGUGUCUGCGCCUGUGUCAAUGUCAAUUGCCCAUUUCGAAAUUGCCAAUAUUUGGCUAAGGGGUAAACGCGCCCGCCAAUAUUUGCACUGGCCAUAUGACCUGUUGCACUUUAUACAGCAGCGCGCAAAGGCGCAAACAAAAAGAGUAAAAUAUUUUAUGUAUAUUUGUACUUGAUAUAGGGCUGCAUCAGCUGUUCAUAUUUGAAUACAGAACGCGAAAAUGCAGGUGCAGCCGGCGGCAAGCAUUAACAAUAAGCAAACACGCACUCUACAGGUUUCCCCAUUAAACAAGCUUUACAACGCCUACAUACGUAGGCAGAUUGAACCGAUUUGAGCAGAUCGAACGGAUCGGUGCGAAAUUAUACGUCUACCAGCACGUGAAAGAUAUUUUCUAGCCAUAUACGAAAUAUACACUAAGCAGGUUGCCGCGGUUCCCCAAACCGAAGCGCACUUUUAGGAUGAGGGAGAGAGUUACUCUGGACCCAGUGUAAAAUACACAUUGUUAGUCCACAGAGCAGUCCAGUCCAUUCUAUCGCAAAUGUUUUCCAGUAACGCCAAGACCUGCUAAAGAUAGGCCGCUCGCUGUUGGUUAUAAUAUAUAUAUAUAUGUGAUGUACAUACAUAACUAUUAUAUGUGAAUAUCUGUGGGCAUACAUGUUGCACCACUGAAUGUUGUAAACGAACCCUAUGUUGACCCCCCAUAAUUUUCAUAUGAUUUGCAGAACUUUUCGGAUUUUCCCAUAUAUAUCAUUUUCAUUAGGACUUCGUUCUGUUUAUGUACAUAGAUCCUGCUAAAUAACUUCACUGUGUAGUGUUGCCUUAAAAACAGUGCCUCUUUUUGAUGAACAAACAGAUACAUGAAGAUAUAACUGAAUGUUGUACUAAUGUUGAUUGCAAAUGAUAAUGAUAACGAACAACUUGAUGGUGAAAAAUUUCAAUACAGGUGUUAAUUGUGCUAUUUAAGUAAGCGUAGAUAAAUCUGGUAACUGAUAUUAACCUAAUCCAAUCCUAGUGAAAUCCCGAGAGAGAUAACCUCCACUAAGCAGCACGUAAUGUACAAAGGGGCGUUUCAAUUGGCAUUGCAUGAGGACGGCUUAACCAGAACCCCAUAUACAUAUGUAGCCUAGUUAAAUUAAAGAGAGAGUAUAUAUUGUUAGGAGUAUAUUUGAGUAUAUUUGAUCGACGCACUGUACAGUUGACUGUCUAAAGGACGUCCUACGGUCACAGGGACCACUCACAGCACAGAAGUAAUCCAGAGGUCGGGAUCUGCAGACAGAUCGUCCAGAGUGUAAAUUCGUAUUCGCUGUACCUUUAGGAUAGAACCUAGAUAAAGUGUUACACCUACGCACUGUUGUAAUAAAUUUUAUGUGGCACUCCACAAGCAUCAUAUAAUAGUUAUUCAAAGACUUGUGCUUGAACUCACUCACAGAGAAUAUUGAGGGAUCCAGUCCCGCGGAUCAGCAUAUAUGUUCAGCUAAACUCUAGAUAGGUCCGGGAGUGAUAUGCAGAUAGGCACAAGGAUUGGGGAGCAUUUCAGAGAGAGGGUCACCUACUUCAGUGUAUCCAUUGAUGUGUCUGUUCUUAUAACCAUAUACAACUAAAUCGUAACUCUAGGCUAAUUACAUGCAACCGUUUUGGUGAAAAACAAGAUAGUACAUUAUACAUACAUACAUGCAUAUAUAUGUGAAACUAUAUAAUGAGAAACAAGUUUUAUCCGUGCACUGAAUAUGAAAGGUUUUUGAAAUUGACAAAUUGAUUGUGGAUUCAAUAUUUACCUAUUAAGUUGGUGUUUUAAACAGAAAAAAAGAGAACAAAAUCUAACAAAUGAUAGUAGAACAUUUUAAAUAAAACCUUUUUGGCAACUGA